ACACCCUUUCUUGCAUGCUUAUAAUUUAUUUUUCCACACUCUGACCUCCUGUUUCCCUUCUUCUGUUCCCAUCUCUCUCUGUCUCAAAAGAAGAAAACCUCACCAACAGCUCUUACUUCCAACUCAAAGAUUGAAAAGAAUCUUCAAAAGAUUUUCUUCAGAUGAUGGACGGGAUCAAAGGUGGUGGUGGAGGAGGAAGAGUUGGUGUUGGAGAAGACCAAGACAUGGCGGAUGGAAUGCAAUGCAGUGAUCAUCCUUACAGAAACAACCCAGGUGGGAUCUGUGCUUUUUGCCUCCAAGAAAAGCUUGGCAAGCUCGUUUCAUCUUCUUUCCCAUUACCCAUUCGUCUCUCUUCUUCUUCUUCUUCCUCUCCUUCUUUCAGAUCUGAUCUUCCCUCUGUUUCUCUUGGGGCCGGCGCCGGUAUCCUUACUUCUGCCCUUGCUGCUACUACUACUGCAGCUACUACUUCUUCUUCUUCCCUUUCUCUCUCCCUUUCAGUUCGUGCGUCCACCAAGAGUACUGGUCCCAGUGAUGGUGGUCGUAGUCGGGAGUAUUGUACUAGGAGGGCGAGGAUUCCUUUUCUCAUGGCGAAGAAGAAGAAGAAGAUCAUGGCGGCAUCGUCUGAUCAUCGUCCGGCGGCGUCUGAUGUUGUUUUCAAGAGAAGUAAAUCGACUCAUACUCCUAGAACUAGACAUUUCUUUGAUGUUUCUGCAAGUUCCGGUACCGAUGAUUGCCAUGAUCAAGAUUUCAGCCCUAGGAAACGAGGUGGGUUUUGGUCGUUUCUGUAUCUUUCUUCUUCAAAAUCGGCUUCCACCAAAAAAAUGGAAAGGGUAGCGUCAAUGGCGCCAACAGUAACAAAUGGGUCUGUUAUGAAAUCAAAAGAGAAGUGCCUGGUUUCAUCUCUGUCAAAGAAAGGUGGUAACAUCGUUGUCGUCGAGGAAGACGAUGACAGUCCCAGUAGCCAGGCCACCGUGUCGGCGUCGGCGUCGUCGUUCGAGAGGAAGGUGUCAAGAUCCAGAUCUGUAGGCUGCGGAAGCCGGAGCUUCUCCGGUGAUUUCUUCGAGAGAAUCUCAACCGGGCUGGGCGAUUGCACUCUCCGGCGAGUGGAAUCGCAGAGAGAAGGCAAACCCAAGGUAUCCUGUUCUUCGUCGUCGUCGUCAUCAUCCGCCAUGAAAGAGAGAGUCAAGUGCGGUGGGAUUUUCAGCGGGUUUAUCAUGACAUCUUCAUCAUCAUCAUCUUCCUCUUCGUCUUACUGGGUAUCGACUUCAGCCGAGGAGGUGAACGGAAAGUCAAACGGCGUCGUAUCAGCAGGACCUGGAGCUCUCUCUCAUGGCAGAAGUAGAAGUUGGACAUGGGCUUUUGCUAGUCCAAUGAGAGCUUUUAGCAGACCGAGUUCGAAAGAUGGGAAAAGAGAACACACCAUUAGAGAAGCUAACAGUAAGAAUACUCCUAAUUUGUCUGCAAUUCCUUCAUUGUUGGCUGUCAGAAGCUAACCGGAAUCCGAUGAUCAGAAGGCAAUUUGGGCUUACAAUACAAAUUAAAUUUGGUUAAUUACUUGUUUAUUUAUCUUUCUGUGUUAAUUAAUCAUCUUAUAUUGGUCUGAAAUUCCAUAUUUGAAGUUCAUACUUUUGUCUUUAUAUAUAUAUAUUUUUCUUUUACGAGUAAUUGUAGCAGUGAUGGAAUAGUAUGAUAUAGGUAGCCCCAGGUGAAUCUUGCAGAUGGAUUGAUGAGUUGAUUUUGACUGGGGAUUUGUAUUGAUAAAAAUUGUAUCAGUGUUUAUUAAUUCAUGAGCUGUAUGUUGAUGUUAA